GCAUAUCACCGAUUCGGACAGUUGUUUUCGAUACACUCGAAGAAAAACAUUGUCGGGAGUGCGCGAGUGGCUCAGAUAAAGUGGAAAAAGGGCAGGACGAACGUGCUCAAGACGUGCAUCGCCCUUUGCUGCUCGCUGUACGAAAAAGCUCGAGAAGUUAUUCGUGACGUCGGAAAUUAGUUUUCGUUAUAGCUGGAGAAAGUUGGCACUGGAGCAUUGCACGAAAUCGCUCUUAAAUCUCUUAUCUCGAAAAGAUUCACGAACACAUUGCGAAGCCUCGCUACCUGUGGCUCGUUCGCUGUGGCACACCGUUGACCAAGUACGUUUGCGCGGGGCCCCGUGUGUGUGUGUGUGUGUGUGUGUGUGUGUGUGUGUGCGCGCGGUAAUUAGUCCUUCAAAUGAGUACCUGUUGCUGCUUGUACGAUUGUGCGGAACGUGGAAAAAUGGAAGAGAAUAAAAAAUCUAAUAAAACGAAAUUUCAAUCUGUGACGGAGCAACGCGCGACGGUGCGAGUUGAUGCUUCAAAAUUGAUCAUGAAAAUGAUAAAAGUGCGCGCUAGAAAUAAAAAAUCGAGCUUUUAUCGCUGUCGUUGACGAUUAAUCGGAUCUUAACGGCUGAAUUUGUAUAGAAAACACGCUGUUUUUCGUCUCUUUUUCCUUGCGUCGGUUAUAUCAUUUGUUUGGUGUACAAAUUUAAUGCCUGAUUUCCCCAUGUCCGAUAAGAGAUCGAAAAUAAAAAGGUACAAAAGGGAAGAAAAACACAUCGACGAAUACAUGUAUUGGAUAAAUGAUAACAGAAGAGAAGAAAUAAGAUUGUUAAAUCUUCGAACGAGAGGGAUCGUUCUCGCUGAAAAUACAGAAUCGACAGUUGCCACGACGAGCAAGCGAAGAUUCGUCGUUGAUCCAAAGGUCAACUAUACCUCAACUAUAUCCUCAGAUUGCUCAGAACGAAAGGAGAGAAUGACCGCGCGCGCGGCGGUUGCGGCGGCGGCGACGGCGGAACAACAGAUGGAAAAGUGUCCGAUGAAUUGCACCAUCGAGGGAACGAAAUUACAUCUUCACUCGACCAUCUUCCUGCCCCUGUUCCUUCGACUUUGACACCCGUCAAUCUCAACCUCCUCGUACGUACAAUCAUGAGUCCUGAAAAUAAUUUCCCCUCCAUCCAAAAUAUCCGAUUCGUAAGUCCUGAGAUUUUCCAAUGAUCGAUUUAAGCUCACCCGCGUACGUCAAGGUACCGAUUGAACAAGUGAAGACAGAAAAAAUUAUACAUAAUUAUAGACUAUUAUCUUAUGUCGAUGUUUAAUAAACACGUUGUAAGGAUUGUGGGACGUCAUCAUAAUAAAUACGAUAUUUUAUCUAACAA